CUGACUCCUCCCAGGAAGUCCCAGCUGCAGAUGAAGCAUUUCAGAGACAGGGAGAGGGCAGCAUGUCUGCAAAGGCAGCUUGGGCGGUUGUGCCAGACUUUCGCAGCGUAAGGCAGCGUGGCCCAGCUUGAUGUCCAUGCCCAUAGGAGUGAGACAGCAGAAGCUGUGGCAUGCUCAGGAGAGCAGGACCUUCUCUGCGUCACUUCUUGCUGGAGAGGAAGAGCAGCGCUGGAUAUAGCUCAUACGCCAGCGAGGCAAAAAUGUCAAGGCCGGUGCAAGCUCGGAGGCUGGAGGGAAUAGAUAAGAAUAUCUGGGUGGAGUUUGUAAAACUGGCUGCCACCUACGCUACGGUGAACCUGGGCCAGGGCUUCCCUGACUUCCCCCCACCAGACUUUCUGAAGGAGGCAUUUGUGAGAGCCCUCAGCGGGGAGAACCACAUGCUGCACCAGUACACCCGUGCCUUUGGCCACCCGCCUCUGGUGAAGAUCCUAGCCCAGUUUUUUGGGAAGCUGCUUGGACGAGACCUGGAUCCUAUGACCAAUGUGAUGGUGACUGUGGGGGCAUACCAGGCCCUUUUCUGCUGCUUCCAGGCUUUCGUUGAUGAAGGUGAUGAGGUGAUAAUCAUUGAGCCCUUCUUUGACUGCUAUGAGCCAAUGGUGAAAAUGGCUGGUGGGAUUCCUGUGUUUGUCCCGCUGAGACCGAAAGCUCCGAAAGAUGGAAAAUUGAUGUCUAGUGCAGACUGGCAGCUGGACCCAGCUGAACUGGCUUCUAAAUUCAGUGAACGGACAAAAGCCAUCGUCCUGAACUCACCCAACAAUCCUCUGGGCAAGGUAUUCAGCCGAGGGGAGCUGGAGCUCAUUGCAGACCUGUGUGAGAAGCAUGACAUCCUGUGCAUCAGCGAUGAAGUGUACGAGUGGCUGGUCUAUGAUGGGAAGGAGCACAUCCGCAUUGCCAGCUUGCAAGGGAUGUGGGACCGCACGGUGAUGAUUGGGAGUGCUGGGAAGACCUUCAGUGCCACUGGAUGGAAGGUGGGCUGGACCAUAGGACCCAACCGGCUGCUGCAGCACCUCCGUACCGUGCACCAAAACUCAGCAUACCACUGUGCCACAAUUGCCCAGGAGGCCGUGGCUCAGGGUUUCCAGAGGGAGAUUGAGCUUUACGGGAAACCAGACAGCUACUUCGUCCAACUACCCAAGGAGCUGCAGCAGAAGAGAGACUGGCUGGUCCAGAGCCUGGAUGCUGUGGGGAUGAAACCCGUCAUCCCUGAGGGCACCUACUUCUUGGUGGCAGACAUCUCUGAGUUCAAAUCCGAUGUCCCUGAUGUCCCCGACUCCAACGAGCCCUAUGACUCCAGAUUUGCAAAGUGGAUGGUCAAGAACAAGGGACUUGCCGCCAUCCCGGUCUCUGCUUUCUACUGUGGGGCCCACAAGAACAACUACAACCAUUUCAUCCGGUUCUGCUUCGCAAAGGAGGAAGCGACCCUGAAGGCAGCAAACGACAUAUUGCAAAAAUGGAAACGGGAGAAAACUAACUUUGAUAAUCAGUUCUGGGAUGCAUCCAGCAAGACACAAGUGCCCGCGCAGCGACUUAAACACUAUCCCGCCCCCUGCCUGGCCAUUGGCCCACGUGACGCCGGCCUCCGGCCAAUCAACACCGCGGAGGGGCGUGGCCGUGGGGAGCGUGGGCAGAAGAUGGCGGACAGCAGCGCGGCCAAGCGGCCCAAAGGGGCGCAGGCUGAGGAGAGGAAGGUGGACUGGCGGCGCUGGAGGCAGGAGAGGAAAGCGGAGAAGAAAAAAUGGAAAGAAAUGAAGCUACUGAAGAAACUGGAAAAACAGCAGAUGCGGGAGCUGGCAGAAAAACAAGCCGAGAAGCAGAAGGAAGAGCAGAAGGAAGAUAAAGGGCGUCACUACACGCUGAGUGUAGCCCUGCCAGGCUCUAUCUUGAACAACGCCCAGUCGCUGGAGCUGCGGACAUACCUUGUUGGACAGAUUGCUCGGGCCUGUGCCAUCUUCUGUGUGGAUGAGAUCAUAGUGUUUGACGAGGAUGGAGAAGAUGUAAAGAGCGUGGAGGGGGACUUUGAAGGAAUUGGGAGGAGAGGCAAGGCUUGCGUGCAGCUGGCUCGGAUCCUGCAGUACCUGGAGUGCCCUCAGUACUUGCGGAAAUCCUUUUUUCCAAAACAUGAGGAUCUGCAGUUUGCAGGGCUUCUCAACCCCCUGGACAGCCCCCACCACAUGCGGGUGGAUGAGGAUUCAGAGUACCGAGAAGGCGUAGUAUUGGACCGGCCAACUAAGCCAGGCAGAGGCUCUUUUGUUAACUGUGGGAUGAGGAAGGAGGUGCAGAUUGACAGACAGCUGAACCCCGGUCUGCGAGUCACUGUGCGCCUGGAGGAACCCCAGAAGCCAGAAGCUAAAGUGCGGAAAGGCACCGUGGUGUCCUCACACCACCCUCGGACAGUCUCAGGCUUGUACUGGGGUUACAGUGUCCGCCUUGCCUCCUGCCUGAGUGCUGUCUUUUCAGAGUGCCCGUUCAAGGAAGGCUACGAUCUCUCUAUUGGCACCUCAGAGCGGGGCAGCUCUGUGGACCAGGCCGCUCUCCCCUCCUUCAGGCACGCCCUUGUUGUCUUUGGAGGUCUUGAGGGCUUGGAAGCUGGGCUUGAUGUGGACCCCAACCUGGACGUCACUGACCCAAGUGUCUUAUUUGACUUCUACCUAAACACUUGUCCCAGCCAAGGCAGCAGAACCAUCCGGACAGAGGAAGCACUGCUGAUCUCCCUGUCUGCGCUGAGACCCCACAUCAAUGAGGCUGUGAAGACACCCAGCGACAGUUGCGGGGAGGAAAACCACUGACCUUGCCAUCAGCUGAGGACUGCCUCGCGGAAGCAACUGUUCAAACACGGGGUGCUGGGCAAAUCACUCCAGGAGCCUGAUGGGGCCAAGACACAGUGUGACUAAAGCUGGUAGCGCUGCUCGACCAAGUGUCUGGCUUCACCCAGCGAGUCCGUGCCUCCUGCCUGCAUGGUCCAGCCAAGGGCUGGUCGCUGCCUCUCAGCAGCUGGGACAAGCCUGGCAGCAGACUGGGUCUCAGCAAUUCAGACGUCUGGGGUGGGGAAUAAAGCAGUAUGGAACCUCA